CGACAUGGGAGACCUCGCCGCGCUGCGCUACACAACGAAGCUUCCUUGCCGGCCCUCCUCGUUCCCCACGACGCCGACCACAUCAGUGCAACGAGGAAGAGAUGAAUACCUCAUCUGCAUGAGAGGACGCGAAAUGGCUCGCCGGUUAUUGCAAGAGUUCUCACAUGCACAUUCAAUUGCUCAAGCAUCACUCAUGUCAUUUGGCGUGAUUGCAAUUCUUAUCGUCGUUUUAGUAGUUCUGUUGGCGCUUUGCUGGAAAUCCAGAAAACCAAAGCCUACAUGGAAGACUCCCAAUUCUACCAAAAGCCCUGCAGGUAACAAUUCACUGUAUGAACAAAACAAGAAUCAUAUCUUAAGCCUUCUCGUGUCUGUAUUUCCAGAUAAUUUCAGCGGUAAUCUUCGAACCAUUUCUUAUUUUGACUAUCGAACUCUGAAGAAAGCAACGAGAGAUUUCCACCCAAAGAACCAGCUUGGAGGAGGAGGAUUUGGCCCAGUCUAUAAGGGAACAUUAGAUGAUGGAAGAAUAAUUGCAGUGAAGCAGCUCUCGGUUGGCAAAUCUCAGCAAGGGGAAAGAGAGUUUCUUGCUGAGGUAAGGAUGUUAACCAGCAUCCAGCACAAGAAUCUUGUUCACCUGAUUGGAUGCUGCUCGGAAGGUGCAGAAAGGCUGCUGGUAUAUGAAUGCAUGACAAAUGGAAGCUUGAACAGCAUAUUCUCUGGAAAGAGUGAGACAUCUUUAAACUGGAAGACUAGAUUCCAGAUCAUUAUCGGGGUCGCUCGAGGAUUGCAGUACCUGCAUGAGGACUCAAACUUGAGGAUUGUUCAUAGAGAUAUCAAGGCCAGCAACAUCCUCCUUGAUGACAAAUUCCAACCUAAGAUCAGUGACUUUGGCCUGGCCAGGUUCUUCCCUGAAGACGAAGCAUAUCUCAGCACCAGAUUCGCAGGAACUCUAGGCUAUUCUGCACCUGAAUAUGCUUUGAGAGGAGAGUUGUCGGAAAAAGCUGACAUAUAUAGCUUUGGUGUUCUGGUGCUUGAGAUCAUUAGCUGCAGAAAGAACACAGAUCUUUCUCUUCCAAAUGAGAUGCAGUAUCUACCGGAAUAUGCAUGGAGGUUAUAUGAGAGAUCAAAGAUGACAGACCUUGUGGAUUCCAGGUUGUUAGAAGAAGGUGCCCUGGAAAAAGAUGUGCUACAAGUCUGCCAUGUUGCUUUGCUGUGCCUUCAGCCACAUCCAAGCUUGAGGCCUCCAAUGUCAGAAAUAGUUGCCAUGUUGACAUGCAGGACUCCACCAUCUUCAGCUCCAGUGAGACCUACAAUUUUGGAGAGAAAGAGUAGAUUUGGCAUAGGAAUUUCUCCAUCUUAGUUAGAAACAAAGUCAACUCUAGAAGCCAU